CUUCCACCUACGACAGGAACAACGUAUCGUCAAAUUUGGUGGGCCUUCAAACCUUUUCACCUGGUUCUUUCGCGAUACGGAUCGUUGCUUGACACGUUCCAGUGGUUUGUUUUAUUUACGGAGGCCGAUUUAAGCUAUAUAACCGGAUUUUGAUGAUUCAGGCAUUAUUUAUAGACAACGAAUCGAUAUAGAAUUCGGCAUAGCGAAGAAUCUAAAAGACGGUAAAUCGAUACGGUUGUUAUAAUUUAAAACAUGCCCGAUUAUAUGGGAAACAGGUAUCACGCAUAGAAAAGAUUUCCUUCUUUGAUUCCUUAUUUUAUAAUAUGUGAACAGUAGUUGUUGGACUGUGCGCACAUACGUAGCUAAAUAUAAAUGCGAUAAAUAAAUAGAUAUAAGUAAGGUAUAGAAAGAUAGGCUCGCAACGAGUACGGUACAUACAUACUUGCAUUUCGUUCGAUCAUGCCAUUUGCAUUUUAUCGAACAUAAACUAUUUUUGCAUCGUACGCAAGUAUCAAAGAAAUAGCUGUAAAACUGUUCCAUCGUUGCGUAAUGGUUAUCUUUACGUUUUUUCACUCGAUCGUAAGUCUGUUCCUACUGACAUUCGAACAAUGUACUUGAACCAGUUUUCUAAGUAAGUCGAUCAAACAGUUACACAUAUAAACAAGUAUGUCGAAUCUUUUAAGAAUAUCUAACGCGCGAUAUCACGUUUUAUUAUUUAUCACGGAUUUUUCAUGUUUAAUCUUGUAUCGUGCGUGCCCGAAAUUUGAAGAUUCCCCGGGAAUGUAGUUUUUGAAUAACGAGCAUCUAUAACUAUAAUAACCAAUAUAUAUAAAGAUAUGAUCUAAUUACGAACGAUUUGACUCAACUGAAAUGAACUUUAAACGAAAUAGCACGAUUAUCUGUCUGUGUCGGAUUGUGCGUAUAUAUUUUUAAAUGAUCUUGAAUCAAAGAAUCGUAACUAUACGAAUGUAUAUGUAUAUAUGUAACGUUAUUUGAAUAUAACAUGUAUAAUAUAUAAUGUCGUUUGAGAGAAAGGAUAUCGAAUCGAAUGUGUCUAUCGAGAGCGAGUUAAAGAACGAUUGUUUCUCGAGCACGCCUCAUAGAAAGAUUCUUCUUAGGCGGUGGACGUCGCAGACGCGGAGGAACGCGGCAUUGGAAACCGAUGAGGGUCUCGAUAACGUCGCGUUACGCUCAACGUUAGGGUGGAUUCACACUACGCGCACCGUCAUGAAAGGUCAAGCGUUUUCGAGAAAUAUAUUUUUUACGUGACAAUCGUCACGGCUAAUCGACGAUUCUCUUUGCGUCCAUGUAGGUGCUUGCUACAGUGACAAAGACAACAUGACAAUGUAGCUACGUGUAAUGUGAGACGACCUUUAUUCGCUCCUAGAGAAGCGUUAAAUGGCAUUUCGAUGCGAUGCGAUGUGUUGAUUCUUUCCCACGUGAAAUGGAUGUGUCGCGACUCUGUGUGAGAAUAGGCAGACGCGAUAAUGGAAAAAAUCAGGGACAAAAAGAAUUGUCAAAAUGAAACGAAAUGUUUUUAUUAUAAAAAUUGCAGGAAUCAGGAUCGGAUAUGCCAACAUUCAGGAUGAGAAGUCUCGAAGGCGUAUCAAAUCAUAUCGAAGAGUAUCUGCCGUUUGAACGAGAGAAAGAAUUAUUCGCAGACGAAAUAAUUAAUAGAAACGUACAUGUUCGAAUUAGCAGCGAGAGAAAAUUCCGCAAACAUACGACGAAUAUGCCUUAUACACGCGUAUUCGAUAGAACGAAGUGAAAACAAUUUCAAAUUUGGAAAAUGAAAUCGAUCGGUAGGUGAAUAUGUUGGAUAAUACGUAAGAAUAUACGCGAUGGUCGAUACGAGUAUCGACGGAUACACGCGUUAAUGCCAUGCCGUAUUCUAUAGAGGUAGCGAGUAACGACACGUGUCGAGACCGUUCAAACUCUCAAGAACCGUCAGGCUACCGAUAGUCACGAGUUUAGAUUUGGCGGCAAAUUCGAUAUCUUCUUAAAUCAACGAUCGAUGAUCCCGGCGUCACGAUGGCGUGUAGGGUGACAAGGACAUUACACAAGGAACGGGUCACAAAGUGGCGGAGGUGAUGAACCUCCCAGAGGUAAGAGGAUCGACGAUGAGUCGAGCGACUCAGCGUAUUACCUUGGAAUCUCGAAAGAACGAUGUUAUCCAGAGAAAGUUUGUAACGUGUGUGCAUAUGUGUAUCAUAAUUUAUCGUUAUCGGUAGCAAAGUAGUUUAUCGAAUGUUUCGUCGCUCGAUGACCAAAACAGGAAAUAUCGACGCGAGUAAUCGACGCAAGAGAGGUUUAGAAGAAAACUAUUAGUUUUAUGGUGUUCUUCUUAGUAAUAGUAAAUACUUGCAGAUCCAGUUUCAACAGAGGUUGAAUUACAAAAAGAAAGGAAAAUGAUACAACCAGUUUUAGUAGGCGAUACCCACCUUGCUGAAUAAUCGAUCUUUAACGAAUAACAUGUAUCUUGAUAAGUAUCGGCAUGAGAAAUACGUUCUAUAUACGUAAAUGUUCGAUAUAUAGAAAAUAGAAAGAAUACGAUAUCGUUAAAAUAACGACACGAUAGUUUCUUAAGAGAUAAAGUCCCAUUUUAGCUUAUUAGUCUUAUCAUUUGCAGGACCUGUUGUGUUGUCAAUCGUUAUAGGUGGAUUUGGCGUGAAAAAAACAUUCGUACAUCCUCGAAACGAAAUAACGUUUUUACGAAUUAGAUCAAACUCGAGUUUUUUUUACAGCUCGGAUAAAAAAGAGUAGUAAAGAUCGUUUGCGAUUCAGUCGAGUGGAAUCUUGCCGAAAAACCGUUUACACGUCAUCCGAUAGAUGGCAGAUUAAUUUUCCCAACUCGUUAAAAAGUCUCAAAUAGUUUGAUCCAAUUUGAAAGAAGUUAUUCCGUUUUAAAUGGUGUACGAACGGUGCACAGACUAUACGUAUAUUUGUUUAUUGGAUGCGCGUAUGAAUGAAUAUCUUUAGAAGCACGUUGAAACGAGGCACGUUUAUGGAAUCUCGGAUUUAUGGAACGGAGCGUUUCGCGCGCCUAAAUCGCCGAAAAGAGGAUGCCUACUACGGGUGGAAACCGUGGUUACACGACGUGCGCGCAAUUAUAUACGAUUCCACAUAUCGGCGAUGUUUCUGGCGAGGAGACCACACAGUCGGUUGGUACACGCAUCGCGGAGAACAAGUUUAAACCGAGUGGUGGAAAAAAGAAGGAAAAACGAAGACAAGAGAACAGGCUACUCCAUAUGUAACCAUAUGUAGAUACGUACUACUGUCCGUCGUGGCUAGCUCCGCCAAUUUCAAUGGAUAUUCAGCUUCGAAAGAACCGAUGCAUAAUUGAGACGAUUUCAAACUAAGAGGUGUAAGUCUGCGAUCAAACGGAUUAAUCUUUUAUACCUUUGAUCGUUGGCCCUUCCGUAUAUCUUGGAAUUAUUUCGAAAAAUAUUAUGUCGCAGGUAACCUGUACACUGUCGCUCUAAAAAGUACAGAAAUUUAAUCUCUAACGAGCCGAUCUAAGGAAUCGUUAGAAAUACGCGAGGUUGCUAUUUGAUCGAAUUCAUGGGUCGUUCAGCGCGUAGAUAACAUGCUAAUAAGACAUAAACUAUGUUAAUAGGAACGCAGAAUAGUGCAAAGGAACGUGAAAAACAAGCUAGUAGUCGAAACAGAUACAGACUCGAUCCGUGAUAUUGCGAUCGCGUUCCUACGAUAGAUGAUCGUUUCUUGCCAGUUAUUCACAUUGCCGUUGACAAGUUGAAUUAUCUUUCGUUUAUCGCUUUCUUUCGCGACGUUCUCACUUUUUCUUGUUCACGUUUUCGAACACUUUCCACGGUGUUGGUGUACGCGGCUGUGCCGAUGGAUCAAAGGUUUCGCAGCUUUUAUAUACCGGGUGUCAGAUGUAAUCCGCUCUUAAUAAGUCGUAUUUUGCAAAAUUAUGAAUAUGGCGUCGUUUUAUAGCGUAUAAAUAAAUUUUGCGAUUGGAGCUUUAGAAAUUCCGUAAAAGCGUCGAAUGGAAAGAGAAUAAUUUAUCGUAGGGCGCGGGAAAUUGUAGGGUGGCGUUUUUCCUACGUUAAGGUAUCGAAUGAUCGCAGGGUGGAAGAACGAGAAAGAAUGAGCGAAGGAUAAGAAUUAUACGAAGAGAGCGUCGUCGACAAUCCGAUAUGUAAAGCGAAGGAAAGUGUAGGAACGGAGGAGUGUCGCGACAAUCGGCAUCGACUAUCGGAGAUCGGAGAGAUCGAGCAGCCAGUGGCAGUACCAACGAGCAGCUUGAUAUUCGUCGGACGCACGCCACGGAGUCCGUCUGCGUAUGGACGCGGAAUAAAUUAUCCGAACGUCUGUCCUUCUUCUCUCCUUUUCACCAUCGUACCCUUCUCUCUCCUUCCCUCUUUCUCUAUAUUUCUCUAUCUUUCUCUAUCUUUCUCUAUCCUUCUCUAUCCUUCUCUAUCCUUCUCUAUCUUCCUCCGUCUUUCUCUAUGAUCGUUCGUACCUUUUUCUCUAACGACCGUCUCUUUCCCCUAUAGAUCGUUCUCCCACCGGUGUCUAUAACGAUUUCUCAUUCGUAGCGGUGGGACGAUACCGGAAGUGAAGUCAGAACGGCGGAACCAGACGUUCACUCAAUGGAAAGUUUGAGUCGUUUCAGUGCGUCUAAGAAGGGCCGAGCGUAGAUCGGAGUUCCGCUCGCGUGGAAAAUCCGUUUCUUUCGCCGGGCACGCAGCAUUCCCGCUCGCGACUCGCGCGUGCACGGUGCACGGUGCACCGCGCACAAAUUCGAACGACUGUAAAAAAUACGUUCGCUCGACGUUACGAUCGCAUCCUUCCUCUCGUCGUGUAUCGAUCGACGAGCAAAUCCCCUUUCAGCCACAUCGGUGUCGGACGCGACGGUGAUACCGGGGUGAAAGAUGCGGCCUGGCGUUUCUUUCGAUUUCGUAGAAACGCGCGACGAAUCGGUCGGCAUCGAUGCCACUACUUCGAAGAAACGCGAAAGAGGAGAAGAUCGAGCCGACGAAUAUCGGUGAUGAACGUUCUUGGUAUCCUCGCGAAGAACGAACCAGCGAAACGAUGUUCGGCUUCGAAGAAGAUGCAAGUCGUAGCACGUUGAAAGACACGUCGGAGUUGGAAGAUGGUGAUUUUUUAAGAGAAAGCGGAAAAACGAUGCGUACUGUGUAUAGACGUGUGUUUCGAAAUGGAAGGCGAUGAUAAUUAUAGUCGAACGAAGCACCGGGUGGCGUCGGCUGCCGGAAUUUUAAACGAAACGCGAGAUCUUGAUAAUUCGUGUACCUGAACGGUAUAUAAUUCGACGCGAACGUUUAUUCGCGUCGUAAACGUUUUACGUAGAAAAGUGGCAAGUUUUCUUUCGAAGAGUGGAGAUUCCAGCGAAAUAUCGCGAAAUAAAACUAUAUGUACCGUUGUUACGACUCUAGCUACGUGGUAGUUGGUCGAGCUACGGUGAAACAUUUUCGACAGCGAAGGAAACUGACGCGACGUUGCUCGUGUGCGUUUUUCCUCAUCGUGGAACGUACGAUUCGACGAGAGUGUAAUUACGAUGGAAACUUGGAUGGCUUGCGACACGCGUCUUUCGCGAACACGAUACUCGUUGGUUUAGUUAAUUCGAACGACGAUAAAAUCGGGCUUCUAUUACGAGAACGAAGGAAUUAACGAGCUACGGAUAAAGUCCCGUUUCACAGGCCAGUUUCAUGGUUGGCCGUUGAUUUUCAGCAUUUUCAGCGUUUCCAGCGAAACGAGAUACGACGAGCACACUUUCACUCGCGUGUUACGCGUGUUUCUCGAUUAAAACGCUACGAACGCAUCGUUCGACUUGGAAUUUGCCAGCUAGUGAUGACAGGUUGUUCCUUCGGUGUAGAAGGUAUUCGCGAGGUGUUUGUAAAAGGUGUAGGAGAGGCUGUUGGUGCGUUCGCGACAGCAUACCUCAGAAAUGGUCAGCCAACACGCGAUGGCCACUACGGUUCGCAGAGUUAAGCAGGAGAAUCGUCUGAGGCGGCAAAACCAAAAUCAAGAUGAGGAGGGACUUUACAAGCCUGUACCACCACCGAAACCGGUGCCGAACAAUCAAAAGAAUCAGAAUGGGCAGGAGAGCAGCAGAGUGCAGACGGUAGUGGAGCAAUCGUCGCGGCCGAUUUCCGCCAUUGAAAGGAACAUCACGUUAGACGACAACCAGGUUCGAAGUUCCGGGCAGAAUCCUGCACCCGAAUACAGGAUGCCACCGCUCUACGGGGAGGAACAGAGCUCGAAUCAGACUCAACAGGCAGCUAACUUGCAGACUCACAGCAGCAAAUUUCCAAUCGAACGCGAGGUUGUUCUGUCGUCGGGAGACAAAAAUUCCAAGAUUCCUAUUCUACACGAGUACAAACAAAGAACUGCCGGUAGAGUGGCGAUUGCACCGGAUGCUCCGAUCAAACAACAGGCUUGGGUUCAAGAGGGCACUCAGAUGCAAGAAGCGAGACAGGAGGGUCAAGCCAGGAGUUAUCAGCCAGCGGAAUCUUACGCGUCGACGUCGGCUGCAUCGGCGCCAAGGGUCACCAAAAUCGAUGAAGACAAGAGCAAGUCCAUUUCGAGAACUUAUCACACGAUCAAGGACAUGAUAUCGAGCCGUUUCGGGCAGAGUCGCAAGGAUGUCGAACCGGAACCGGAAGCGAGUUUGAACAAUGUCACGGAAGAAUUGAGAAAGUCCAGCAGAAGCAUCGACGAGGAGGAGGCGAAGAAGAAGGAAGGGAUUUAUGGGAAGCCACGGGCACAGGAACCUCCCGUUAAUAUGCAGCAAUAUCCAAAGAACGCAUGCGGUCAGUACGGGCACUCGUAUAGUUACCUGAGCAAUCAACAGAACGUACCGCUUCCUGGACAACUUCAGCCUACGUCACAGAUUCAACCCAAUUUACCAGGCCAAAGUGCUCAGCUUCACGUGACGCAUCACGCUCCACCUGGAGGAGUUCAAACGGUCCAUCAAACUCAAGUUCCUGGUUUUGGCCAAUCAGCGACAGGUGGCCAGCAGGUGCAAAAUGUUGCGAGGGAAUACGUUGUUCAGGGACCAUCUGGAUUGCCGAGUCAGCAAUUGCAUCAAGGACUUCAUCAGAGCCCUCAGAAUCAGGGCCAGAACGCGCAGAUGCAGAAGCCUCAUGGUCUAGGCGUGCAACCGCACCAGGUGGGGAACGCGGCGAUGCAACCGUCGAAUCAAAACUUCCAGAGUGCGCAACAAUUGUUGCAUCAGAAUCAGAGCCAUCAUCAGAGUCCGAGAUUCGCGCAGCAGCACGCACAGAACAUGCAUCAACGACAACUGAUCCAGCAGAUGCAUCAGCAGCAGCAACUGGUCGGACAGCAAAAUAGCCAAACCAGCGGCGGUGGUGGUGGCGGUGGCGGCGGCGGUGGCGGUGGCGGGGGCGGAGGCGGAGGCGGCGGCGCCGGCGUCAGGAACGUGCAGCAAAGCUAUUUCUCGAACAACGUGUCUUAUCAGCAAUACCAACAAGCUCGACAAACCAUGUCGAGAUCUCAGAUCGAUCUACCGAGCACUUCCAGACAAGCUCAAGAGCUCAGACUGCCCGGACAGGAAGUGUAUUACCAUUAUGCUCAAGGUCGACCGAGGUACGGUGUACCGCAAGUCUAUAUGAAAACCGAAAGUAACCAGGAAGCAGAGUUUCAGCGACGAAACUCGACGAAAGGUAUCGAGAAGGCGGCGUCCCAGCCUCAGCUUUCGUACGAGGACGAAAGGUCUGGCUGCGUUAACGAACAAUCGAGAAAUCCGGUCGACGGGUUAAAAACUCUUACGGUGGAUCCGUUGGACAAAGAAAGAUACGAGAUUACGGUGGAAGAUCGUGGACAAGGGGAAUUCAGGAGAAGCGAUUCUCAAAGGAAAGACGAGUAUCGGCCGGAAACCAGCUUCGCUAUUCGCAGAGACGACGCCGUUAGGUGUUCGAAAAGGGAACAGGAACAGCUAGGAGUGGCGGCCGCCGGUCAGGAAAGUCAAGAGUCGGAAGGAACUUGCGUGCAAAAAAGAAUCGAAGAGUUGCAGAAACGAGCCGAGGAGAAUCAUUACAACGGAAAAAUGUCGAAAGAUGGUAUCGAAACGGACGUGGGUAGGAGUUCGUCCGGGUCGAAAAUUGGAAACGGCGAGCCUCCGAAGAGGAUGGAGAAUCAAUACGCAAAGGAUUGCUUAGCGAAAUCGGAGGCAAGGAAAGACGAGCUAGAACACGGUAUCAGCCGAUUGAAAAUCCAGAAUCAGGGAUCUGGAUCGGAUUACGAUAAAGCUGGACAGAGUUCCUCCAACGUCGAUUCGGGAAGAGGAUCUGCUGUUUAUUCCAGCGGAAGACGGCCACCUCCCGAAGACCAAACUCACCCCCCAGUACAGGAUUCCGAAUGGGUGGACAUUGUCGAGUCGGAACUGAGAAGCAUUUUAGAACCAAGAGACGUGCCCGCGAUGGCGCAUUCCACCCUGUCCGAAAGUGUAUCAUCGGUAACGCCACCUCUACCGCCGCUUUCACCGCAUGACAGUCCCAGAACAUCGAGAAAUCGAUACUCGGCGAGCUUACCAUACGGAUCGAAACCCAAUUACAGCGAUUACAGCAAGGCUCUAGAGAAAAGAAGCGGGUUCCCGGGUAGUUCGAAGCAUCGUGGUGCGUCUACUUCCAAAAAGGAUGCUGCGAAGAAAUUCUCUCAUCUUUUCGGUGUAGAAGCAGCUGACUUGACUUCGACCACCACUGGACUCGAUUUAGACUCGAUGUUGGAUAGAAGCGAUUCCGAUUUAAGUACAAACGACGCAAGAACGAUUAGGAAGCAGUUGGAAGGUCUAGAAAAUAUGUACAGCGAGGUACUGAAGUUGCUCGGCGGAAGCGUGAAAAAGAGACGAAAGGCCAGAGGUCUGGCCAGUUACGGUUCCGUCUCAUCGUUGCCGACGUCGUCCGUUUCAUCGAGACCUGUUACAAGGCACCAUGAUAAACGUAGAUCCCACGCGAUCGACGACAGAAUGAAGAAAGCCAAAGACAUAAAGAGCAUUAACAAACGCUUCCAACGACUAGAAUCUCACGUAGUGACGCUUGCCAGAUCGGUGGCACACUUGAGUUCGGAGAUGAGGACGCAACAUUUGAUGAUACAGGAAAUGGAGAACAUAAGGGGCGAGAUUGCUGCACUCAGGACUCAAACGAGCAUGGCAAUGGUGAGGUCGCAGUCUCAACCGCUGAUCAAGGAUUCCGAGCUGCCGGCUCUUUCCAACCCUUCGAGGGUGAAAAAGCUCACCAAGUUCUUCGGCACAGAACCACCGCUCAUCAGACUAUUCCUCAGGGAACUUGGGUAUGAGAAAUAUGCAAAUGCGUUUGAGAAAGAAAAAGUCGGUAUGGUAGAGCUUCCCUACCUAAGCGAAGAGAGGUUGCAAAAGAUGGGUGUUCCCUUGGGACCAAGGCUGAGGAUUCUGCAAGAAGCGAGGAUAUCGGUGUGUAAGGAUCCAAUUUACGUUGUGUGAGUCCCACGGAACGCGUUGUUCUCCGCAAGAUUACACAGCCAACUCCGAGCAGGUACAUCCGGAAGCCGCCGAAGGAGAAUUUUUAUCCUUUCGUGUUUUAAUACGAUCGUGUUUCUUCGAGUUUUCAGGUUUCAUCGUUGUCCGUUUGAACGCUUUCGACGAUCGGUUUUUUUUGAAUAGCGAAGCGCGACGUUUCUCAUUUCACUCGAAAGAUGAACCGAUUUCCCUGAUCGAACGAUGAAACGAUGAAACGAUGAAACGAUGAAACGUUAAAGCGAACUUGAAUUCACUCGAAAAGUGAACUAAUGUUUGAAAAACAUGCAAGUCUAACGACUUAAAAAUUAACGACUUAAUAAAUUAAAUAUUCAUUGCGCGCGUAUUAAUUACGAUUCGUAUAUUACAGACAACUGUAAUUGUUUUCUUUUCGACUCUAGUAUUAACGCGUAAUAAGUAUAAUCUGCGAUGUAUCGCGUUUAAUACGUACUGGAUAGAACGCGCGUCAGAAAUGUAUCGACGAUUUAAGUUUUCCAGUUAAGCGACAAGGAUUAUUUGCGAUUCUGGAGAUUCCGUUAUUCGUCAACUUGUUUUGCUUCUAAUUUUCCUUCCAUAAUUUAUUAUAAAUUAUUAGUAAAGCGAGCGCAUCGAUACGCGUAUAAUAUUUGCGUAUUAUCAUGUAUAAUUGACUGAAUCGUUGUCGAAUAUCUCACGUAUCCGUGAUAUACGCGAGAAAUACAUAAAAGAGCAGUUACAAAUACAAAGAAGCGUUCUAGGAAAAGUAUCGUCUAUCUCUAUAGAGAAAUGAGGUAAUCGUUUAAUUAACGGUAAGAACAAUUUUUUAUCGUUGACAGUCGAUCAAACGAACGUCCAAUUGUAAUAACAUUAGCAAUUACGGUUAAUCGAUCAGCUAGGAUGGUAUGGAUAAAACAUGUUUUCUUACGCAGACCGUGCGUGCGCUGGAUUUGUUUUCUUGCGAUCGAUCGGUCCGGGUCGGUGGAACGGUUCGACUCGAUCGUCUCGAUUGAGAACAAGCUCGAGCAGUUAACGUGAACACGCAUCGAGAACGAGAAGCAAAAAUAGAUUUGCCAAAGAGACGGGAGAACGUCGCCGAUGAAGUGGUGUGUGUUGGUGGAGAUUGUCAUUCGAGGAAGCGAGUGAAAUUUUCUUCCCAAGUGUGAUAUUGCUUCGACUUGUAACCAUUCAACGACUAUUAUUUCAGCUUUACAGCUAAAUGUCUCGCUUUUUAUCUCGUUAUAUCCAACAAUUAUAUCCGUCAAUUUGUCAAAUUUUUCCACCUUUCUACGUCUACGCGAUGAAUUUCUAGUCGCGAUCUCUUCGGAUAUUUAUUUGCGAUUUCCUAUUUCCUUUCAACGAUCGAACCGCGGCUUUUCCUACGUAGAAAUUAAAAGACAUUCCGCUCGAAUGAUAAAAAUAGCAAACACGUUUACGUUCGACCAAAUUAUCCGCUAGACGAGGUCGUCGUUCGAAGUAAGUUUAAGCUCUGAUUAAAUAUUCGGGAUACGAUCCUUAUCGAUACUUUCUUUCGCUUGUAUCUCGAUAAUGGAGAAAAUUUUCGCGAAAUUUUCUUAACUGGAUACAGAAAAUGCGUUAGCUCUUUAUUUCAUAAAUCGAUUUGAAUAGAAAAUCGUCGACGCGUCAAAUACCUGGGUGUUUCUUGAGACAAAGUUUUCGAUAGAGAAGGUAUUUCCUAGUAAAAGCAUCGGUCGCGUAAUUUUACGAAUAUCGUUCCUCUCGAGUAACCAGAGGAUGCACUUGACACGUUCGAAAGCGAUGACGAAAAAUACGUAUAGUAGAGAAAUAGUUUAACAAGUUGGAUGGUAAUUUUACGGUAAUCGUAAAGUUGAAAGCUGCCGAUGAUCGCGGCGAGUAUAAGAAUUGGAAAAGUUGCAAUUAACGCGGCUACGGAUUCUCGGUAAAGUUUUAAACGGUUAAGUAAUCGGACAGUAAUUUGCAACUCGAAGUAAAUAAAGUAAAAUCGCGUUGGAAAGCACGAGAGGUUUUGAUAAAAGUUUGCUUCUCGAAAGAAUCGAUCGUUCGAAUAAAUGAAUUUGUCGUCGUGCGAAAAAGCUGGAAAAACAAGCAGUUUCGAUUACGGUCAAACGACCACGCACGCACGCACACACACACACACACACACACACACACACACACACACACACACACACACACACACACACACACACGCAGGAGCGCACGCGCGCGCGCAUUACGGUGAUACCAAAGAAUCGAUACCUGCUCCUCUGUAAUGACGAUUGCUCCAGCAAGGACAAUCUCACUGCGAAUGACGUCGAUUAUGUAAAAAGAUGACACGCCGCUUCGGUUCUCAAUCGAUAUCGAUUCUUGAUAUCGAAUUCACGCGACAUGUGACUUAGAAUUAGCGUUAACAGUAAAUUUCACAUUGAUUUCAUUGAUCGAUUAAUAUUCGUAGGUUCGAUAAGUAUUUGUUACUAAGCAUCGUUACAUGUUGCACCUUUCUAACAGUUAUUUUUAUGUCUAGUAAUAUCUCUUUAUGUCAUUGAAUUCAUUUUCAUUUUCUAGUUGGUGCUAUUCGACACUGCCUGAUGAAACUUUUACAGUUUCUGACGAACGUCGAUACGUUUACGCCGAAUUCUGUACAGUUAAUCGUUUGUAAGAACGUUUCGUUAACGACACGAUUAAUAUUUGUAUUAUUGUAAGUUUAUUAUUAUUUUGUUAAAUCUUGUAUGUAAUAAACAAGUGAAGAGAGCCAUACGAUGGUUCAAUAAAUCGUUUAUUUAAUAAAUUA